ACUGCCAACAGUGGCAACAGUGUUACGUAGAUAGGUCUAGACUUAUCUAUAUAAUUGUUCAAUGUCAGUAAUAACACAAUGUUUUAAGAGUUUUAUUUAAUUUCUUUUGAGCUCUACACUUUGCCAUAAUGGACAAGCAAAAAUCAAUAGAAAAAUAUAACAAACUGGAUAGAGGCAAACUUAGUAAAGUGUUUGACAAGCCACCCAAGACAGUAGAGAAGAAAAACCAAGAUAAAAGCCAGAAGAAGAAACCAUCUUCUAAAAAAACAAACAAGUUCACUCAGCAUCUCUACAUACAAGGAUCUAAGAUUUGUCUUGAACUGAACAAUAAGGGAUUUAGAGAGAUUCCAGAAGGUGUGUUUGAGUUCCCCGACCUUAAUUGUUUAUUCCUAGUUAACAAUGACAUUGAUCGUCUGCCAGACAGUUUUAUCUAUCUUGCUAAUCUUGAGGCCUUAGUUCUGACUGGAAACAACAUACAUGUAAUCAAUAGACAUAUAUUUGAAUUGCCAAAGCUUCAAGUUCUAGAUCUUUCAAACAAUGAAAUCUCCACUAUUUCUCCUGAAAUAUCUGGGCUGCAGUCAUUAACACAACUUUUACUUAAUGGCAACAGACUGGAGAGUCUACCAUACACCAUUGGAGACAUGUCACAGUUGAGAGUCCUCGGCCUGAAUGACAACAUUCUAACAUCAUUGCCAGACAGUAUUGCUAAAUUGGAGCAUUUACAAAUACUGGCUUUGGAAAGAAAUAUGCUGGAGUUUCUAAACCCUUCUGUGUGUAAAAUUGAAAGUCUUCGCCGGCUGGGUUUAUCAGGAAAUAAAAUGAGCAACCUUCCUCAUGAAAUUGAAGGAAUGGUAGACUUGCAACAGCUUUUGCUAGAUAACAACCAGUUUCAGUUUAUACCUAUUCAGAUUUUCUGGCUGCAUGAACUGAUUGAGUUGUCUUUUUCUGGGAACAAGCUGACACAGAUACAGCCAGACAUUGAGAACAUGACUAAACUUAAAGUUCUAGGGUUGAACCACAACCAGCUGACCGACUUGCCCCAUGAGCUCAUGCAGCUGAACCAGAUUGAAAUACUGGCUCUAGAUAAUAACUGUCUUAGGAGUCUAUCUGAGGAUAUUGCUAACUUGUAUUGCAUGAAGGAACUUGACCUGGGCUCCAAUAACCUAACAGAAUUGCCAGACUCCAUCAGUUUGUGCUGUAACCUGGAGAUUUUAAGUGUAGUAAACAAUCACCUAACCAAACUUCCCAUAGAGCUUGGCACCCUGCAGAAGCUGCACACUCUUCUUAUAUCACAGAAUGAAUUCACAUCCAUCCCUGUAUGUGUUGGGGCCCUGAGAGUGCUGCAGGUUCUGGCAGCUGAAGACAAUCAAAUAGAGGAAGUCCCUGAGACUUUUGCAGGUCUGUUGUUCCUCAAACAUUUCAAUCUGAGUGUCAAUCGAAUCAGUAGUUUUCCCCUGGCUAUUUGUAAGGUGACAUCUCUUGAAGUUCUCGAUGUAUCCUGCAAUAAUUUGCUGUCAAUACCCAAUGAAAUUAGUGAUUUACAGAAUCUUAAGGUACUUAACUUAAAAGAAAAUCUUUUAGUAGAAAUUCCACCUCAGUUAUACAGUCUUUCCAAGUUGCAUGGCCUAGACCUUUCAGACAAUUCUCUAUCAUAUGUACCAAUCAAUGUCUGUGAAAUGACUAGUCUGAAUGAACUCAAUUUGUCAAACAACAAGUUUUUUGAAUUCCCUAAAGAGGUCUGUGGAGUCCCCAAUUUGGUCACCUUCAAGUUUGACCAAAGAAAUGGGGUCAAAAUCUCCAGUCUGCCUGAUGAGAUUGGCUUGCUGAAAGUCAAAGAAUUAGUAGUCAGCCAUAAUACCCUGAGGACCCUACCUAAGACCAUAAGCAAGAUGGUGAACCUGACGCACCUGUAUGCAGACCACAAUGAGAUCUGGAUUUUGCCAGACACUUUCUGCCAGAUGCAGAAGCUGCAGUUGCUGCACCUCAACAACAACCAGCUGACUUCUCUUCCAAAAGACUUUGAUCAGCUCAUCCUGAUGAGAGAUUUGAGGCUCUACGACAAUCAGCUCAAGGUGCCACCAAUGGAUGUUUGUGUCAGCGGAGUGCUACAGCCUAUUGGCCUUUUCUUGAGGAAAGCUUUUAGGCGAGAAGAACUUCUACUAGAAAGAAUGUUUCAUUCAAUAAAAGAUGACCUAACAAAGUCACAACUUCGCGCUUUAAUGAAAAAACUGAAAGUCCCAGAGGAGCAUAUCAUGGAACUGGAAACCAGAUUUGCUGGUAGAGACCAAUUGCCAGAAAGGAUAAUUGCAAGUCUCAGGCACUGGAAAGACUACUUUGGACCCAUGGCCACUAUUGAUGAGCUGAUCAGAAUUACACAUAUCAUAAGCUUUGACCAUGUGUCCUCUAAAUUGAAAACAAUGAAAAUCUUUGCACAAAGAUUAAGGUUGUGAGAAGACUUAUUUUAGGAGAAGAUUGUGUUGGAGAGUUUGUAGCUAAACAAAUAGUAAUAGCUUUAAAAUGGAUAUUUUUAAAUAGGGUAUAUUUAUUAAAAUCAACUUUUUACUUAUGUAGCAAAUAUCUGAUUGUUGUACAUAAAUUUGCAUAUGAAAUAAUCAAGAUAUAUAGACUGUGGAUAUUAGGAUAGUCGGUUAACCUUUUGAAGCCAUUUGGAUAUUAUAGAACGAUUUUAUUAUUUACAAAACUUGAAACUUCUAAAAUUAUUGGUUUGAAAUAGAUCAAGAAGAUUGGUUUUUUUUUGGUUUUUGCAUUCCUAUAUAUAAUUAAGUCAAAAGUAUAGAAAAAAUCAAGCAAGCAUUGCCAAUUUUCACAUGUUGCUAAAAACAAUUAUAGUACUUGUUGAUUUUUAUAUUAACAUCUAUACACUUUUCUAUUUUGGAUAAAUAUAUAAUAAAUUUGAUACUUUUAUACUUAAUCAAAAACAUUGUUAAUUUUGUUACAUUACAAAUUUAUUCUGUAUAUCUUCUAUAUUUUUAUUUUGUACAGUAAAGCAGUAUAAUUAUUUAAAGACUCUAAAUCCCUCAUUAAAAAAGAUAACUUUUAAUA